CUAAGCAUGACGGUUGUGUCAUGUGACUUUGUUUUGUCUGUGCCGCGGUGCUGCAGACUCUCAGGACUCGUUCGUAAUGGCAAGAAACGAAGAGAAACAACAAGGGAGGUUGAACAGACUGUGGCUGCAGAAAGAGAGAGAGGAGGGACGACUCAAAGAUGUAAAUGAGCGGAGACCCAAGCUGUCUACUCUUAAUUCAGCUUCCUCUGUGAAAAAGUGGAUACCAAGUAUCAAGAAUGAAAUAGAAUAUUAUUUGCAGCAGUCCCAACUCUCUCAUUACCCAGAGAGGAAGAUAGCGGAGUUCCAGCUGCACAUUGAGGCUUUAGAAAAAGAGUACAAAAGCUUCAUCGCCAAACUACGAGUUCUUGACCCCUCCUGUAAACACAAGCCAUGGACUCCUCGAGCGUAUUGUAAACGGAGAGCAGAGACACAAGACUCUCCAAGCAUUGUUAAAAUCCCUCGGCCCUGUGAGUCACAUGAUGGUAGCAGUCAGCUGAGUGGAGGUGAGAGUGACUUGGCCACUGAUUGGAGAGGAUGUCACAAAACCUCAGCCAUUGAGAGACAUAGCUUUCCCCGUCAUUUGGAGACCAGGUUUCAAACCCCUGUUCCCACCAACCCAAUCUCAGAGACCUCAGAGGUCUGUGCAGGCCAGGACCAGCCCCUCUGCUUUGAUCAUAUGCGGCUGGCGGUGGCUGCUGCUGCGUUCAGAGGGCUGUCAGAUCAGCGAGUCGUCUCUCAAACACAAAGUCUAGCCAGGGUGCUGCAGUCUGGCCUGCCGAACCUCAACAAUCACCCUUUAGGACAAACGUUUUCAACUCAGAGCAGAGACACUGUUGGAUCUGCAGGGAGCAAUGAGGGGGCAACAGUGGGAUCUGAUGUCGGACAGAAAGAUGUUGUCCGAGAACAUGAGUCAGACUUUGAAGCAGCAGAGGGGAUACCUGGGAAAUCAUCUAGUACUGGGACAACAGGGGAGAAGACAUGUCAUGUGCUGGGACUAGACUGUUACUCUUCUUCUGAUGAGGAGUUGGACACGUGAUACUUUUAGAUCAUGAAAUAAAAUGCUGCGCAAUUUUCUACAAUUCACAUUACAAUGAAUUUAUUUGAUGGAA